UUAUGACAUCGGAGCAAAGCAUAUGCUCCCAAAAUUCCAGUAACUAUAAACAUUCAUACGCCUGCCCCCAAAAUCAUUCUUCGUCUUCCACCUCAUUCUCUCUCUUCUCUCUCCAAUGGCUUCUUCAACCUAUGGCACCUCAAUUCCUGCACCUGAGGCCGUACAGGUUCUAGUAGCUUCACUUGCGGAUGAUUCUUCCAUUGUUCGAGAAGCUUCCAUGGCUUCUCUCAAAGACAUUGCCGCACUGAAUCCUCUUCUGGUUCUUGAUUGUUGUGCCGCCGUAUCGCGUGGCGGUCGCCGGAGAUUUGGAAAUAUGGCUGGUUUAUUCCAAGUGAUGGCAUUUGGUGUUAGAGCUCUAGAUAAAGAGGAUGCUGAUCAUACAUACAUGUCGAAGCUUUUGAAGGUUGCCACUUCCGAAAUGAUCUCUUCUAAGGAACUCAACGCAGACUGGCAGAAAGCUGCUUCCGGAUUGCUUGUUUCUAUAGGUUUGCAUUUUCCUGAUCUGAUGAUGGAGGAGAUAUUUUUUCAUUUAUCCGGAGCUAGCUCAGCUUUACCAGCUAUGGUUCAGACACUUGCUGAUUUUGCCUCCGCUGAUGCUUUGCAGUUAACACCACGCUUGAAAGCCAUACUUUCACGAGUGCUUCCCAUUCUUGGCAGUGUAAGAGACGUUCAUCGGCCAACAUUUGCCAAUGCCUUCAAGUGUUGGUGUCAGGCUACGUCACAAUACAUCACUGAGUUUCCCUCUCUUGAAGUGCUUGAUGCUGAUGUCAUGUCAUUUUUGAACUCUGCCUUUGAACUUUUCUUAAGAGUUUGGGCGUCUUCGAGGGACUUGAAGGUACGACUGUCAACUGUGGAAGCUCUAGGUCAGAUGGUUGGUCUAAUUACUAGGGCACAACUUAAAGCAGCCUUACCUCGACUUAUCCCAACUAUGUUGGAGCUGUACAAGAAAGAUCAGGAUAUUGCUUUUGUUGCUACGUGUAGUCUCCAUCAUCUCCUUUAUGCCUCUUUAUUAACGGAGACUGGCCCUCCGUUAUUUGAAUUUGAGGAACUUAUUGUUGUCCUGUCCACACUGCUUCCAGUAGUGCUCAUGAACACCGACAUAAAGGAUCAGCCAAAAUUUUCUAUUGGAUUAAAGACAUACAAUGAAGUUCAACGUUGCUUUCUCACAGUUGGCAUGGUGUACCCUGGGGAUCUUUUUGUAUUUCUUUUAAAUAAAUGCAGAUUAAAAGAAGAAGCUUUGACUUUUGGUGCACUCUGUGUCUUGAAACACCUAUUGCCCAGGUUGUCUGAGGCUUGGCAUAAUAACAGGUCUAUGCUUGUUGAUGUUGUAAAAUUGCUGCUUGAUGAACAAAAUUUAGGAGUUAGGAAGGCACUUUCAGAGCUAAUUAUGGUAAUGGCUUCACAUUGUUAUUUGAUUGGACCUGCGGGGGAGUCCUUUGUGGAAUACCUGGUAAACAAUUGUGCUCUUCCAGACCAGGAAAAACAUCAGAUACAGUUCAACAACUCUUACCAUAUUUUAACUUAUAGAAGAUAUGAGGUCGGAAUGGUCAGUAUGACAGAAUUGAGAUCAGUCUGUGAACAAGGCUUGCUUCUGCUAACAAUUACAAUCCCUGAGAUGGAGCACAUACUGUGGCCUUUUUUGUUAAAGAUGAUUGUUCCUCGGGCAUAUACUGGUGCAGUUUCCACUGUAUGCAGAUGCAUUUCAGAAUUGUGCAGGCAAAGAUCUGGUAGUAGCAGCAUGAUGCUGAGUGAGUGUAAAACUCGCACUGACAUUCCAAGUUCUGAGGAACUCCUUGCUCGCUUGAUUGUACUUUUGCAUGAUCCCCUGGCAAGGGAGCACCGAGCAACUCAUAUUCUCUCUGUGCUUAAUUUCUUGGGUCCUCUCUUUCCGAAAAACAUCAGUUUGUUUUGGCAGGAUGAGAUUCCAAAAAUGAAGGCGUAUGUCAGUGAUACAGAAGACUUGAAGCAGGAUUAUUCAUGCCAGGAAACCUGGGAUGACAUGAUCGUUAAUUUUCUUGCAGAAUCUCUGGAUGUGGGUCAGGAUGCUGAUUGGAUAAUUGUUCUCGGAGAUGUUUUCGCCGAACAAUAUGAGCUGUAUACAUCUGAGGAUGAGCAUUCUGCACUUCUUCAUAGAUGCCUUGGUAUGCUGCUUCAGAAAGUUGAUGACAAAAGUUAUGUUCGUGAUAAAAUUGACUUGAUGUAUAGACAAGCUAACAUAUCAGUUCCUACUAAUAGGCUUGGUUUAGCAAAGGGCAUGGGAUUGGUUGCAGCUUCUCACUUGGAUAUGGUCUUAGAAAAGCUGAAGGAAAUUCUUGACAAUGUUGGGCAGAGUGUAUUCCAAAGGUUUCUUUCUUUGUUUACUGAUAGAGCUAGAGUUGAAGAUUCGGACGAUAUACAUGCUGGUUUGGCUUUAAUGUAUGGAUAUGCAGCAAGAUAUGCUCCGUCGUCUGUUAUUGAGGCACGAAUAGAUGCUCUUGUGGGAACAAAUAUGUUGUCCCGCCUUCUCCAUGUAUAUCACCCCGUUGCAAAGCAGGCUGUUAUUACCGCUAUUGAUUUAUUGGGUAAAGCCGUCAUUCAGGCUGGAGAAAGUGGUGCACCGUUCCCGCUCAAAAGAAGGGAUCAGAUGCUUGACUAUAUUUUGACUUUGAUGGGUCAUGACAAUGAAGAUGAAUUUAUUGACACCAAUGUUGAGACUCUGCGAACUCAGGCUCUUGCUUUGAGUGCUUGCACUACGCUGGUUUCAGUGGAGCCAAAGUUAACCAUGGAAACCAGAAACCAUGUUAUGAAGGCUGUCCUGGGAUUUUUUGCUUUACCAAGUGAACCGUCAGAGGUUGUCAAUCCCCUCAUAGACAAUCUCAUCACUCUUCUUUGUGCAAUCUUACUUACAAGUGGGGAAGAUGGUAGAAGUAGGGCAGAGCAGCUUUUGCAUAUUCUGGGACAAAUUGAUCCGUAUGUUUCUUCAGCUGCUGAACAUCAAAGGAAGAGAGGCUGUCAAGCUGCACAUGAAAUGCUUGUUAAGUUCCGUAUGCUGUGUACUACUGGGGUUUGUCCGUUAGGCUGUCGUGGAACAUGUGUACACAGCAAGCAUAUUGAUCGUAACUCGCUUGGGAACUUCCCAAACUUUCCAACUGCUUUUGUACUUCCUAGUCGCGAGGCCUUAUGUCUUGGAGAUAGGGUCAUUGUGUAUCUUCCACGUUGUGCUGAUACUAAUGCCGAAGUUAGAAAAUUAUCAUCGCAGAUUAUUGAUCUCUUCUUCAGUAUAGGCCUUUUACUUCCAAGGCCAAUGGAUUCCAAUUUAAACUCAAAUAUGGAAGUGUUUUAUGGGGCUUUGUCUUCCUUGGAGGAUGUUAUAGCUAUGUUGAAAAGUGAUGCUUCUAUUGAUUCCUCAGAAGUUUUUAGUAGGGUUGUUUCUUCUAUCUGCAUGUUAUUGACAAAGGAAGAGCUUGUUGCUGCAUUGCAUGGGUGUACAUCUGCUAUAUGUGACAAAAUCAAGCAAUCAGCAGAAGGUUCUAUCCAGGCUGUGAUUGAAUUUGUAAUGAAGAGGAAUAGUGAGCUGAAUGAAUCUGAUGUUUCAAGGACAACACAAUCCCUUCUCUCUGCAGUAGGUCACGUGACUGAAAAAUAUUUGAGGCAGGAAACUCUCGGUGCUAUAUCUUCUCUUGCAGAAAAUACAAGUUCGAAAGUUGUUUUUAAUGAAGUCUUGGCUACAGCUGGAAGGGAUAUUGUCACAAAAGACAUAUCUAGACUACGUGGUGGCUGGCCAAUGCAAGAUGCAUUUUGUGCUUUUGCUCAGCAUAGUGUGCUCUCCUAUUUGUUCUUGGACCAUGUGAUAUCAGUCCUCAACCACACUCCUAUCAAUAGAACUAUACCUGAAAAAGGAGAUGGCUCAGGUCAUGGGGUUAGCAAUCACUGUGAGAAUGAAAUAUUGCAAGCGUCUAUAUUUGCUCUCACAGCCUUCUUCAGAGGUGGUGGAAAAAUUGGAAAGAAGGCUGUUCAACAGAGUUAUGCUUCUGUCCUUGCUGCACUUACGCUGCAGCUUGGAAGCUGUCAUGGUCUUGCUAGUUCGGGUCAACCUGAACCUCUACGAGCUCUGUUAAUUGCAUAUCAAGCUUUCUGUGAAUGUGUGGGAGAUCUUGAAAUGGGAAAGAUCCUAGCAAGAGAUGGAGAGCAUAGUCAAAAUGAGAAGUGGGUGAAUCUUAUUGGAGAUAUAGCUGGUUGUGUAUCGAUAAAAAGACCGAAGGAGGUUCCAGCCAUAUCGUCAAUUCUAAGAAUGUCUUUGGAUGAGAAAGACAAUUUCCAAAGGGAGGCUGCAGCUGCUGCACUGUCUGAAUUUGUUCGCUAUAGUGACGGAUAUGAUUGCCUGUUGGAGCAGAUGGUUGAAGCACUAUGUCGCCAUGUAUCUGAUGACUCUGCGACUAUUAGACGACUUUGUAUCAAAGGACUCAUUCAGAUGCCAUCUAUUCAUAUCAAUCAGUAUGCCACCCAAGUGCUUGGCGUGAUACUAGCUUUGCUUGAGGAUUCAGAUGAAUCUGUGCAACUGACUGCUGUGUCAUGUCUAAUCACGGUACUUGACUCAUCACCCCAUGGAGCUGUGGAACCAGUUCUUCUUAACCUUGCUGUACGAGUACGCAAUCUUCAAGUAUGCAUGAAUGCAAAGAUCAGAGCUACGUCUUUUGCAGCUUUUGGAGCACUCAGCAACUUUGCAGCUGGCACAGAGCGUGACGCCUUCUUAGAGCAGGUGCAUGCGGUUCUGCCACGUCUGGUUUUGCAUCUUCAUGAUGAUGAUGUCAGCAAUCGAGAGGCUUGCAGGAAAACACUGAAGAAAAUUGCCUUUUUUAUGGAUGUGCAAGGAACGUCAACACUUUUCACUACCCAUUAUUUCCAUUCCAAUCACCGAAGUGACUAUGAAGAUUUUGUUAAGGACUUAACAAGGCAUUUUUCUCAGCAUAUGGCUUCUAGGAUAGGAACUUACUUGGCUUUAGCUAUUCAGGCAUUUGAUGCUCCUUGGCCUAUAAUUCAGGCUAAUGCCAUGUACUUCUGCAGUAGUAUGCUCUCACAGGCUGAUGAUCAACGCAUCUUGGCUCUGUACUACUCACAGGUAUUUGGAAUGCUGGUGAGCAAAAUGAGUCAUUCAACUGAUGCAAUUGUCCGAGCAGCAUGCUCUUCAUCAAUGGGAAUCUUACUGAAAUCUAGCUAUUCACUUUCUUGGAGAUCAGCUCGACUGGAUCAAGCAGAGUUUAAUCGGAAAGGCCCUUGAAGAUGUUAUAGUAUAUACACAUCUAAGAAAUACUGGGACAAGCUUGCAAGAUGUUGUACCUUCUAACAUAAGCACUGUUUCAACGCUGCUCACACGAGGAAUGUGUGUACUGCUUCUGUUGGUGAAGCUUUUGUCUAUAUGGAUAGUUACGACUUUGGUUGGAAAAGAAGUCACAUAUGAAUGGGUGAUCUUGCCCGUAGUCAUGCUCAUCGAAAUUGUUGUCUUUAAUUAUAUAGUGACAAAAGUGUACAGAAAUUGGUCUCACACUAACCACGUAGAAAGGUGGAAACACGCAUGUAAUUUUGUAAAAAGACCAUGUGUACAGUUUUUGGUUAUAGGCAUAGAUUAUGGGAUGUAAUUUCUUCUUGUUCUGUGUGUUAAUACGAACCUAUAGAACAUCGAGAUACCACAAACAAAAUGUCACGGAAUCAGUUGAAUCAGCUGCACUAGUGCUCUUCAUACUUGUACACUAUGCAGGCAAAAUGUUAAAAUUUGUUGUAUC